CUUGUGAAGUGUAUAAAUGUUUUUUUUUAUUUGUAUGAAAACAUCUCUCAACUACAUCAUAAGAAAGAAUCCUCUAGGUCAAGUUGCGAUAGAGCAUAAUAGAGUGGGGAAUGACUUCUGUGGAAGAGACGGAGAAGAAUAAUAACGUAGAAAAGUCUUUUUUGCCAUUGACGAUUUGGCACACACUUAAAAGAACGAGCGGCUCAAAGAGUAAACGCGAUAUACAGAGACACAGCGCGAAGUAUGGGCACAUAGAGAUCUUAGCGAAACGUAUGACCGCUCAAGAUGCAUAAUGGGAUGACGUGGCUUGGAUUUCUUUUCUCCAUGCCUCAGUCUUUCAAUGAAAGCCCCAGCAACGGACGUGCUUCUUCAUUCGCUCCUCUUCUUGCCUUGAGAAAAGGGAGAGAUCUCCGUUCGAGGGAUCAGUUCAAAAGUGAUCGUAUUUAUGUGAGUGCUCGCGAUCAUGGAUUAAAGUUUUUUUUUUUUUAAAUAAUUUGCCAAAUAAUUGUGAUUUUUAAUUUGUUCCUCAGAAGUGUUUUGCCCUCGCGGGUUAUUGAACUUUUGUUGUGAGAAUAAUUUAUAAAAAUUAAAAUGAAAUUCAUUUCUCCUGAAAAGGAGUACGCAAAGAAUCCUGACCUAAAGCGGGAGGAUGUGAGAAAUAUUCUCGAGUGGCUCUGUCGGCAGCCACAUCUACCAAAUAUCACUGAAUCCGAGGCUAUUUUCUUUCUUCACGCCUGCUACCACAGCAUUGAGCAGACAAAGAAGACAAUUGACAACUACUACACCAUCAGGACUCACACCGUUGAUCUAUUUCGCAAUCGCGAUGUCUGCUCCAAGGAAAUGUUGGACAUCUCCAAUGUUAUGCUGUACACACCCCUCCUCGAUGAACACCCCGAGGGGCACAAGGUCAUGUACGCGCGCCUCAUGGAUCCCGAAGUUACGAAAUACAUUCACGCCGAUGCUGUGAAAUUAUAUAAUUUCGUCUUUGACCAUUGGCUGUGGACGGAGGGCACUGCACCUGGGCAUGUCCUUGUUGUGGACAUGGACAGCGCCAGCCUUGGCCAUGUGACACGAAUGAGUCUCUCUGUGGCUAAGAAGUACCUUCACUUCCUCCAGGAGGCAAUCCCAGUGCGCCUAAAGGGACUUCAUAUAAUCAACACGGCAUCCUUCAUUGAUAAAAUCCUCGCCCUUAUUCGUCCCUUUGUGAAGAAGGAACUCGUGAGUUUGGUGCAUUUUCACACCGACAUGGAGACCAUAUACCCAAUGAUUCCACAGAAAAUCUUCCCCAAGGAAUUUGGUGGGAAGGCCGCAUCAAUUUUGGAGCUACACAAGAAAAUGAAGGAAAAACUAUUUGCCAAUCGUGACUUUUUCAUCCAUGAGGAAAAUACACGGCUUGUGAAUGAGAAAUUGCGACCGAGCGGGAAGAAAAACGCACCUGUGGACGAGGCUUUUGGGUUCGAGGGCAGUUUUAAGCGAUUAAACAUUGAUUAAAAUACAAUAAAACAUCAAUUGUACGUACAGCAUGUGGCUCAGGAAGUACUCAACGACUGGCGGUGCAAUUUUUGUGCGAGAAGACUCCUAUUUGGGUCUCCAUCAUCACCACCACCAAAAAAAAUAACUUUGAUGAUCACUAGCCCAGAACUAAAUUAUUUUUGAAUUAUAUUGUUUUUAUAUUAUUUUACCUUUUCAACCACACAAUAUUGUAUAUGUAACACCUUUUUUUUGUUAUUACUUUCAAUUAUAUAUAAGCAAUUGUGUUACGGGAAUUUAAA